AUGUCGUUGGCGUGCCACGUCUGCAGCUGUGAGCCCGACUCGCAGUUGUCAUUUUACUGCCCAACAUGCGCUCGGAACCAGCUGUACACCCUCCGUUUCGAUCUCGCGAAGACGCUACUAGGCAAGGAGGCAGCGGGGCAAAAGAUUGAGCAAGCAGUGAAAGAUGCCACACAAGAUCUCGGGCUGGUUCGCAGCCCUGUUCAGCCGGAACAACCACGGGGCGAGCGGUCCAAGAUAACCGUUGAAACGUUGCGCACGCUCAAAAUCCAGGCGGAAAUUAGAAGCGAGAGCAUACAGGUACAGAUAGCCAAAUUACGGAGGGAAAUAGAGGGCGGCAAGCAGGAGAUUGCGAAACGCCGGGCGGCGCUCGCCAAGCGACGGUCCGAUGCGGAAUCGGCGCGGUAUCAGCUCCCUGACCGCCGGGCAACGACGGUAAAUAAUGUGCAGAAGGAUAUUAAGAAAACGGAGAAUGCGUGGAAUAGCCUUCAUACGAAGACGGCGGAGUCAAGGAUGUUUCUCUGUCGGGAGGUGGCCAGCCUGUAUAAUUUACGGCAGAAGAGCAGGAGAAAGAAUGGGAAGAUUAUAACUACGUAUUCCAUAGGUGGGGUAUAUAUCGUUGAUCCCAGGGAUAUGAACAGUGCCAGCCCAGCUCAAAUUACGACGUCACUCUCGCAUAUCGCACGACUCUUAGUUCUCGUUUCGCGGUACCUUGCGCUCCGUCUACCUGCGGAAAUCACCUUACCUCAUCGAGAAUACCCCUUACCCACAAUACUCGCUCCAUCUUCAUCAUACAUUGAAAAAGAUAUCCCAUUCUCAGCAGUAUCACCUUCAAGCUCUGUUACGCCGCGAAGUGCUGGAGCCCGGGCACCCCCACGGCCUCGCCCCCUCUUCCUGCAGCGAAAUCUCCCUAAACUGGCGAAGGAAGAUCCAGCUGGAUAUGCCCUUUUUAUCGAGGCGGUGGCCCUUCUGGCGUGGGAUGUAUCGUGGAUAUGCCGGUCUCAAGGAUUAUAUAUUGGGAGUGAGUCGUGGGAGGAUGUUUGCGAUAUGGGACAGAAUUUGUGGCAGCUCCUCGUCGCACCUCCAGCGCUGGUAAAGGCGUUAGGCAGUCGUGACGGUGCAACAAAAGUCUCAAAUGGCAAAGAGGCGACCCGAGGGCGUACGACAUCGGCAUCAUUGCUGGGCCAUUACUCGCAUGGAACGGUUCAUUCUUUCCUUGGGAAUAACCAAGGACUGGAGUUCAUGAAGACUUGGAAAUUGCCGUCGUACAUCAAGAUCGCGGAUAAGCUAAAAUCGACUCUUCUGAGCGAGAUGGCGACGGCGGAAUGGGAAAUUCUGGAGGAGGAAGAGUGGGAGGACGACCCUCGAUUGCAGAAACAGGGCGAGCAGCCGAGUGGGCCUAUCAUUGUGGAUGUCCCACCAUCGAAUCCGGAGAAUGCGGGUGAGGAGGCGGGGAGGAUCAUAAUGACGGCGUCCGCAAUCGCCGACUCAGCGGAUGCGCCGCAGGUAUCCGUCACAACUCCAAACGACAAGGCAAAGGGGACCAAGGGCUGGACCAAGAUCAACAGCCGCUGA